AUGGUGGAUAAGUGUACAGCACUUUUGCCUCACAGCAAGAAGCACCUGGAUAAUAUCCUCAGUUUGGACUGUAUCACUGAGAUGCAUCAGGACAUUUUGAACCAUUUUGGCCAGGAUUGCCUGAAACUAGUUAGAGAGUUUGAGCAAACAGCAAGAAAGAAGGCGGACUACAGGAACCACCUAAGAUUCAAUCUCCGUUGCAGACAAAGUGGCAUUUUCCCCAAGAGCCUUCAACUUAAAUCCUCUGUUGGUGGACACAGAGCAAGCAAGAUCCUCCAGAAGUCACAGACCCAGGUCCUGAACGAAAGAGUAAGACAAACUAACGUCACCAUUGAAGCCAAAGAACAAGACAUCAGACAAGAAUUAAUGACACAUCUGGAUCAGAACACAUUCCAUCAGGUAACAGAUUUUACAGCAAAGGCAGGUUUAGCUUAGCAUAUCAAGUCUAAAACUUGACAACAGAAGAAGUUUGCUUUACUGGAAACUCGACUCUCUCCGCGGUACACAUCGCUUGGACAGCACACCRCUUCCAAAGCAGAGGGGCGGGAGACAGAGAAGUGGGUGAAGAAUUUGUCUGACAGAAAGCUCACCCAGCCAAAAACUGAAAUUCUUGCCAGGGGACUGAACUUUGCGGUCGCACCAACAAGAAUCCCUUUGGUUGAGAUGAUUACAGCCACAGAAUCAGCCAUUCGAAACAACAAAAUCCCAGGAUUUGAAGCAGAGCAACUUAGGAAUAAAGUUUCAGCCUGCCUCAGCAACGCCAAACCMCCACCUUCUAAUAUCAGCAGAGAAGAGAGAGACGCUYUCACUACCCUCAGCAAGGACAAGAACAUCAUCAUUCUUCCAGCAGACAAACGAAGGUGCACAGUUAUUCUGAACCAGAAGGACUAUGGAGAUAAGAUCAUGACACUCCUUAGCGACACGACCACAUACGAGCCGCUGAAGAGAGAUCCAGGAAGUGGUUACAAGAAGAAACUAAUAGAUUGCCUGAAAAGAUUAGAGCAGGACAAGGCUAUYAAUCGGAUUCUGUAUCAUAGACUUUACCCAGGUGAGGCCACUCCUAGUCUGUAUGGUUUACCCAAAAUUCACAAACAGGAUGUACCUUUAAGACCCAUUGUUAGCAUGAUCAACUCUGUCACUCACAAUGUUUCUAAAUAUCUGACGUCUAUACUUGGUCCUUUAUUUGGCAGCUCAGAACAUCACAUAUAGAACACUAUGGAC